AAACCUCUCGUUUUUCUCAAAUGGUGUUUUGGUACGGAAGUGAUCUAAGAAUCGGCCGGUUGUUUGGAUAUAAUUUGAAGAAAAACUUCCUGCACAUGUUUGUAUAAUUAAUACAGAGGAUAGUCAGUAUAAAAUAAAAUCAAAGGUGUAAUUGCUUAUCUACAAAAUUCCCAAUUUUCGUGUAUGUGACAAGUGUUGUCAAGAUGUGGCCUAGGGUGUUAACUUACCUGCUUCUAAACGCCGUUUUUGUGCUAGGCGCGACGCCUGACGAUGAGUCCUGCCAGACUUACGCAGGGGGAAGUGUGUACCCCCACACUGCCAACCCCGAACGAGCGGAACAUAAGUUGCAGUGGACCAAAGCAGUCAUAUCAAAACCUGCGCCUGUAUGGGAGAGCACGGCAGUGGUAAACGGGGAGUUUGUACAAUUGAAAUCGACCGAUUACCUGGGGAAGUACCUGGUCUUCUUCUUCUAUCCCUUAGAUUUCACGUUUGUGUGUCCAACGGAAAUCCUCGCUUUCAGCGACAGGAUAGAGGAGUUCCGGAAGAUUAACACGGAAGUCGUAGCGUGUUCGGUUGAUUCGCACUUCACUCACCUCGCUUGGAUUAACACGCCGAGGAAGGAGGGCGGGUUAGGAAAAGUGAACCUUCCGUUGCUCUCCGAUUUAAAUCACAGUAUAUCGAAGGAGUACGGCGUGUUUCUGGAAGAUUUAGGGCAUACCCUUAGGGGGUUGUUCAUAAUAGAUCCCAAGGGGAUCCUCCGACAGAUUACUAUGAACGAUUUGCCGGUCGGUAGGAGUGUGGAUGAGACGCUCAGGCUCGUCCAGGCCUUCCAGUACACGGAUAAGCACGGGGAAGUUUGUCCCGCAGGGUGGAAGCCUGGCCAGGACACGAUCAUUCCGAAUCCCAUCGAGAAGAAGAAGUACUUCGAAAAUCAUUAAAAAAAUUUUGUAUCAUUAUACACAUUCCUAAAUAGGUUACAUCACAAAAAAUGUUUAUAAUGCUUUAUAUUUUUGUUAGGUUUCGGGAAAAUUAAAAAUAAGGGUGAUAUAUAUGUUUAAGGCGACUGAAAUCUGUCGGAGAACUGAAUUUUGUGGUAUAAUGACAAUUCCUUUGUACUUUUUUAUACAUACAUCACAUAUUGAACUAAUAAACCAUUGGAAACA